AUGAGACGGGACGGGACGGUGGCGGUGUGGGUACUGACGGGACGAGGCGGUGGAGGUACCGAACUUUAUCGGCGGGACGGGACGGGGCGGUGGCGAUGUGACUUUUUUGCUGCCCCGUCCAUCUCUGCUACAGAUCAGUUUGAUUAUUUAGAAGCUUGUCCUACGAAACCCAUUUCUGCUUCCGAACAUGACAUUGUGACAAAAGCUCCUAUUGAUUUCAAAUCAGAAGAGAAACAAGAAAAUACAUCUAAUAAUGAUCCAUUCGCACAUUUUCGUUUCGCAUGUCGACGACGUGUUUCUUCUUCUGAUGAAGAUGAAGCCACUGUUGUAUUGGAUCCACCUCCACCACCUCCACCAUUACCCAUUAUUUCCGAUUCAGUCAAUGAAUCGAUAUUUCCUCGCCCUAUUAAAAUAUCUCGAGAAAAGCCUCGACCAAUGAUUAGUUAUAACCAUGCUUCCAAACCAAUUUGCACUGACAUUUAUAACAGCUAG